AUGAUAUGCGGGCCAGACUACACAUUUUACAGUGUAAAUGCAAGUUGGCCGGGCAGCGUUCAUGACUCAAGGGUGUUACGGAAUUCGGCUGUAAGUCAAAGAUUUGACAAUGGAUGGAGACCAUUUCCGGAUGCUGUUGUUUUGGGUGAUAGUGGUUACGGACUAAAAAACUGGUUGAUAUCACCAUUACGCCGAAAUCCCGAUAGCCCUGCUGAAGAGGCUUUCAAUCGUUGCCACAAAAAAACACGGCGCAUAAUUGAAAACAGUUUUGGCAUUCUUAAGGAAAGAUUCCCGUGUCUAAAUUAUUUGCGACUGAGGCCUGAGUUUGCAGGAAAGGUAGUUAUUGUAUGUGCCAUUUUACACAAUAUUGCCUGUAGCAUCGGAAGGAGUAGUGAAAACAUGCAACCCACUGAAGAUACUGACAACGAAAUCGAGGAAUUUGAUAUGGAAAAUGCUGAAGAAGGAAAUGAUGACCUUAAUAAUAUGGAUCAUUCGAGUGGAAUGGAAAGGCUUACUUCUCUUCUGCAAUACUUUUCGUAA